AUGGAUGGGCACCAUAGUCAUAUAACGAUGGAUUUCAUUGACUAUUGUGACCAGAAUAAAAUACUAUUAGCUAUCUUCCCGCCGCACUCAACGCAUACGCUGCAGCCGCUCGAUAUUGGAUUAUUUAAGCCACUAUCCACCGCAUACUCGAACGAGCUAUCAAACUUCGCCGAUACUAGCCAAGGGCUGAUACCAUUCACCAAAUCUCAUUUCUUCCCAAUAUUUUGGAGAGCUUGGUGCGCAGCGUUCAAGGAAUCAUCAAUUCUCCAUGCUUUUAGAGCUACUAGACUCUUACCAUUCAAUCCAGAAAUUAUACUCCAAAAGUUCAAAACUACAGCUACUAAUAACGAUAGAGACGCACUAGCAGCAUUAACUUCUAAUUGGAGAAUGAUUCGGCAGCUACUCAAUCAAUCUACGAAUAAUAGAUCGAUCUCAGCACUCAAUAGAAUCAUAAUGAAACUAUCCGCCGAUACAGCGUUUCUUCAACGAGAAAACGAGCAGCUCCGGGCACCUCUCAUCGAUGAGAGGCAGCGCAAGGAGCGUAUCCAGCCUGGUACGCUCGAGCUGUCCGACGAUUAUCAUGGUGGAGCUACUUUCUGGUCUCCACGGAAGGUGCGAGAAGCUCGCCGCCAAUAUAAGCAGAAACAGCGCGAUCACGAGGAGUUACAGCGCCAAAAAGCUAUCACAAUCGAAGCUAGAGAGGAGAGAAAGCUACUCAAAGCUCAAGAACUAGAUGCACGGCGACGGGCGCGGGCACAGGCAAAACUAGAUCGUGAGAGGCAGAAAGCUGAAGCAGCUGCCCACCGGAUAGCCCGCCAAGCCGCCCACAAACGACUUCA